GUAGAGUCUGUUAUACCUAGCACAGUGACAAAUAAGAGACAAAAAAGAUGGGGAAACUGCGAGAGUUCUCCAUCCAGUUAGCCAACAACACGGACGUGUUCAUGCCAGGACAGUGGAUCACAGGGCAGGUCACAGUGGACCUGAACGAUGAAAUGAAGAUGAGAGGUAUCCGACUGAAGUUUCAGGGCAAAGGUCACGUAGGGUGGACGGAAACCCACAGGGUUGGCUCAGGAGAGCACGCACGCACGGAACACCGGCACUACAGGGCCGACGAGACGUACUUCAACCAGGAAGUCACACUGUUUGGAAAAGCAUCAGGCCAGUCCGGUGACAACCCCACCCUGGGCGCUGGCCACCAUGUUUACCCGUUCCAGUACCAGCUGCCCUUGCAGGGACUUCCUACGUCGUUUGAAGGCUCCAACGGUUAUAUCCGCUACUCGGUGAGAGGAACCAUCGACAAACCAUGGAAGUUUGACCACACCACGAAGAGGGCCUUCACUGUUCUGGACAUGGUAGAUCUGAACCAGGAACCCAAUGCUAUGACUCCCCUAACCGGCCAGCAGUCCAAGACCCUGUGCUGCCUGUGUUGUGCCUCUGGCCCCAUCGAGCUACAAGUCCAGGCAGAUCGCUCUGCCUACUGUCCCGGUGAAUCCAUUAUCAUCAGGGGUUCCGUGGAGAACAACUCAAGUUCAAAAAUCACCAAGGUCACUGCAAAACUCAAGCAGGAUGUGGUUUUCCAUGCCCACCACCCUCACCAGAAGACUCGACACGUCACUAAAAUCCUGGGUGACGUGGAUGGGUCGGGGUGUGAAGAGGGGGGCUCCGUGGACCUGAACAUCACCCUGCCUGUACCUGCCAUCCCCCCGUCAAGCCUCCGGUCCUGUAGCAUCAUAGAUCUCUCCUACACACUCGAUGUGAGUGCACAUUUCGGAGGAGCCCACACCAGCCUGGACCUGACGUUCCCCAUCCUGGUCGGCUCCAUCCCCUUACGGAGCAUCUACCCCGUGGCACCAGCCUUUCCCCCUCCCUCCGUCGCUCCUGGUUUUGACCCUGCUUUCCCUCCCCCCAACCCUGGGGCAUACCCCCCACCCAACCCCGGUGCUGUAUAUCCUCCUCCUGCUGGUCCUGAUGCUGCGUAUCCUCCAGUGACUGGUGCUCCGUAUGUUCCCCCUGGUGAUGGAGUCGCCCCUCCCAUCAUGCCACCUGCAGAUGGCUCACCGAACCUCCCUCCUCCCGCCUACAUGCAGAGUGUGUUCGGGGCGAACAACAUCAGGGAUGACGAUGAUAAUGAGUACACCAGGGGGACCCUGGACUACGCACCCAAGUACCCCUACUACGACUGGAGCCAACACCCCCAGGUUUAGGGGGGGGGGGG